GAUUUAAAUCCUAAAUUUCCACAUGGUUUUGGUCAGAAUUUUGUUUGAAUAUAAAUUGGAAUAGAAUUUGUUUUCUAAUUGUUUUUUUCUCUUGAUUUAAAUUGUUUUGUGUUAAUUUGUUGAACCAUGGGUAAGAAAGCUACUGCCCGGAAGACACUUCCUUCUCAUAAAAGAGUCUACAUGACUCGAAGUCGGGCCAUGCAACGGCUCCAAUUAUCAUUGAAGGAUUUCAGGCGUUUGUGUAUUUUAAAAGGUGUUUAUCCGGUUGAACCGAAAAAGAUUAAAAAAGGAAUGACUCGAGGUAAAACAUACUAUUUACGAGAUGAUAUUAGGUAUCUUGGUCGUGAUCCGGUAAUCUGGAAAUUCUGGGAAUAUAAAACAUUUCUUAGAAAGAUGACUCGAGCAAACGCCCGGAAAGAUGAACACAAAUUAGCAACUCUACGAGAUAAUGUGCCGACAUACAAAAUGGAUCAUAUUGUUAAAGACAGAUAUCCAACGUUUAUUGAUGCUCUUAAAGACUUGGAUGAUGCUUUAUGUAUGUGUUUUCUUUAUGGAAAUUUCUCCAAAAUCAAAGGUGUUCCUGUAGAGAUAGUUGAUCUUUCUAGACGGUUAACACUUGAGUUCAUGCACUAUGUUAUUGAGUCUAGAUCAUUGAGAAAGGUUUUCAUCUCAAUUAAGGGUUAUUAUUAUCAAGCGGAGAUAAUGGGCCAAACAAUAACAUGGAUUGUUCCCCAUCAAUUCGUUCUGUUGUCUAAUCCCGAAGUUGACAUGAGAGUCAUGAGAUCCUUCACUGAAUUUUACAUCACUCUUCUUGGAUUUGUUAAUCAUAAGCUUUUCUCUAGUAUCAACAUGUAUUAUCCUCCAAGACUUAGCCUUGCUAAAGAGAUGGAUAAGGAAAUAAUCACUGGAGAGGAUAAACUACAUGCUAUGUAUGAAUAUGUUGGAUCAUUAAAUAGAUCAUUACCACGCCGAAAAGAAGAUAUUCCUGCGGAGAAUAAACCAGAUGAGUUUGAAGAAGAUGAAGAAGAAGAAGAGGGUGGAGAAGAAGGUAAAGAAGAGAGUAAAGAAGGUGAAGAGGAAAAAAAGAAGAAGAAAACAAUAUCAUAUCAUCAGCUGGUUAAACAACAAAACUUAUUUAAAGGUCUUAAAUUUUUCCUUGGCCGUGAAGUACCUCGAGAAUCAUUGACAUUUGUGAUAAGAUCUUUUGGCGGACAAGUUUCAUGGGACAAAAUUUCAUUCGUCGGUGCCACUUACAGCGAAGCCGAUACUACCAUAACUCACCAGAUUGUUGAUAAAGAAGUGAUACCCAACAAAUACAUGAAUCGCUACUACAUUCAACCGCAAUGGGUUUACGAUAGUGUUAAUGCUCGAACUUUACUUCCAGUCGAAAAUUAUUUCCACGAUGUAGUCUUACCUCCACAUUUAUCUCCAUUUGUAGAAAUGAAGGAAGGCAGUUAUGUGCCACCGAGCAUUUCUUACCAACAAAAUAACGCCUUUGGUGAACGACAGGGAACAGAAGAGAACGACGAUGAAGAAAGUGGAGAAGAAACUGAGGAGGAAGAGCCUGAAAAUAAAGUCGAACAUCAUAUUAAGGAAUUAAAGAUGAAAGUAAAAGCAGGUAAAGAAGUGAAAACAGAUCGAAAACGUAAGGUAGAAGAAGAGAAAGCCGAAGAAAAGAGACUUGCUGUCAUGAUGAUUCCAAAGAAACGAAAACGAUUGUACGAUAAAAUCAUGUAUGGAAAACGACGAAAUGUCCGAACCGCUGAAAAGCUCAAGGAGAAACGCGAAAAGUACGAGGCUUCCCAAGGAAAACAGACCAAUCAAAACAAUAAAUCUAAAAACAAAACAGCAAUGAAAAGAAAACGACAACAUUGAUCAUCGCAUCUAUUCAAGCAAUCGGAUUAUCUUCAUCUUGAUGCUACUAGAAACACAAAUUCACUUUUUAUCAACUUCGUGCCUUUCGGACUCCAGUCAAUUGGUCAAUUAUUUGAAUCCCUUUUCGAUUUUGAUCAAUUGCUUGUAAAUAAACGCGCUAAUUAAUGGUUUAUUAAGACGUUCAAUCAAUCAUGAUAAUGGUAUAUAAAUAAGUUAACAGUGAUUCAAGUUUUUGUGAUUAAAUGGCUCGGAUAAGAAAAAAAAUCCCAGAAUUAAUUGUUAAGUGUAAAU